GCUUUGAAGUAUACAAGCCGUGGCUAUGCCUCGCAGCGAACUUUAAAUGAGGUGGUGAUAGCAAGUGCUGUAAGGACACCGAUUGGAUCUUUCCAAGGAUCUCUUUCAUCUUUGCCAGCCACAAAGCUUGGUUCCAUUGCAAUUAAGGGAGCAAUUGACAGAGCAGGUAUCCCUCCAGAAGAAGUAAAAGAAGCCUAUAUGGGUAAUGUCUUGCAGGCUGGACAAGGACAAGCUCCAGCAAGACAAGCGGUGUUGGGUGCAGGUCUACCAAUCUGCACUCCUACUACAACUGUCAAUAAAGUCUGUGCUUCAGGAAUGAAAUCCAUCAUGAUGGCAGCACAGAGCCUGAUGUGUGGGAGCCAGGAUGUAAUGGUUGCUGGUGGAAUGGAGAGCAUGUCUAAUGUUCUCUACACAAUGAGCAGAGGAUCGACGCCUUACGGAGGAGUAAAGCUGGAAGACCUGAUUGUAAAAGAUGGGCUGACAGAUGCUUACAACCACAUCCACAUGGGCAACUGUGCUGAGAACACUGCCAAGAAGUUUACGAUCUCACGAGAGGAGCAAGACACUUAUGCCAUAGGCUCUUACACAAAGAGCAAAACAGCCUGGGAUUCAGGAAUACUGAAAAAUGAAAUAGUUCCUGUCACCAUUUCAAAAAAAGGAAAGCCAGAUAUAGAAGUGACAGAAGAUGAAGAAUACAAACGCGUUGAUUUUAGUAAAGUUCCAAAGCUGAAAGCUGUCUUCCAAAAAGAAAAUGGGACCGUCACGGCUGCCAACGCCAGCACGCUGAACGAUGGCGCCGCCGCCCUCCUGCUGAUGACCACGGAGGCGGCCAAGAGACUGAAAGUCAAACCCUUGGCACGGGUAGUGGCUUUUGCAGAUGCUGCUGUUGAUCCCAUUGACUUUCCAAUUGCACCUGCACAUGCUAUUCCCAAGAUUCUAAGUGAGACAGGCCUGAAGAAAGAAGAUAUUGCAAUGUGGGAAAUCAAUGAAGCCUUCAGUGUUGUGGUGCUGGCCAAUAUUAAAAUGCUGGGUAUUGACCCACAAAAAGUAAAUGUUAACGGAGGUGCUGUCUCUCUCGGACAUCCAAUAGGAAUGUCUGGAGCAAGAAUUGUUGUUCACAUGGCCCACGCCCUGAAACAAGGACAGUACGGUCUCGCAGGAAUUUGCAACGGAGGGGGUGGUGCCUCUGCCAUCCUGAUAGAGAAGCUGUAG